AUGCUUUACGAUAUUGUUUCAGACGCCAGGGAUUUUUCAAGUGAAGGUUUGAAUUUUGGUAUUUGCACACAAAUUCAGCCGCCGCCUUUUCAUUCUCACCGGAAACGAUUUUGUAAAUACUUUUCUACAAGUCACAGCAAAUUUAGCCAAUCAAAUGAGCAAUUUGCAAAAUAUCGACAAAACAAAUGCUUCGGUGCUUUUGCUACGGUGAGAGAACUAGGUACUUAUACUCGUGUAGCCCAGAGUGAGUGUAAUUAUUUAUUGCGCCUGAGCCUAUACUCUCGACUAGCAGAGUCUCAGGCAGUUUGCUUGAAUGGCACUGAUAUUAAUGGCUUUGAAUGCCCUGAUAUUACUGGCCUCUUUACUUUAAAAAAGCCGUUUGCUUAUUACACCUGUUCUUGGUGCAUAUCCAAGCUACCCCGGCUUCUGUUGUCACCCUUUAGGAAGGAUAUUGAGAAACAUGUUGGGUACUUUUGGUACAAAGGUGCAAGACGUGUGUUGUGUGUGGGUGCAAAAAAAAGUGACAAUGACAAUAGAAAUAACAAAAGGCGCUUUCUAUUUAGUUUGGCAAUUUACGGCCAAAGUUAA